AUGUCCUCUGGAUUGUGUCUGCUAUCGGCCGAUGCGGUGAGUUUGUUGAUUUUAGUCGUGAUUCCUAAUAGUUUCUUGACACCACGGUUGUGCUUUCACCAAUCGUGGCAUGUUCCGUCCGACUUUUUGCUCCCGCGUCCAAGGCUUCAACCGUUUCCAGAAAUUACGUGUUCAUUAAGGAUCGAAUUUUGGUGGCCGUUUCUUGUAUUUUUCCUUCUUUGUUUGGCCGUCUCGAGUGCUGGUGCGUUGUAUGUUUACUGGCGGCGUGUCCAGCCGGUCAGGGAGCCACGGAGAUCAGAAGAAAUGAUUGA